CUUCUAUUACUCUUUAUAAUUUCAUGGCGAGUGGCAGUGCUGUGGUGUUCUGGGUAAUCGACAUCGAAAAUAUUGAGCGCGGGAAGUGAUAUUAUUACAGUUUAGCAUCCAAUUUGUCAAUGUGAAAAACAGAAAUAAAUAAACUAAUUUUUUUAAUUUAAUACGUGUUAAAUUCCAAGUGUAUCCAACCUCGACCAAAUACAAUUAUAAAUACAAAACUACAAUUUGUUGCACGGCGCAAGCCACGGGGUAGCAGCUCUGUUUGUGCGUGUAUGUGUGGUACAGUUGGGUAGAAAAACAUUGCUGGCCUGGCAGCGCCGCACAAUUUUAUGAGUUCCAGAGCAAAUGCAAAGCGAGCGAAAUCAACCAAAAAGAUCUUUUGCAAAACAAAAACAGUGACGUUACGGAAAUUUCAGCGAAUGAUAUUACUGACGAAAAACACAAAUACAAUCAUUUAGCUGCAAAUAAAUAUGUAUAGCGUUGCCAAUUUGCUGUUAUAAUUCACAACAGGGACGUCUUGUCGAGCGCAAUCGAAAACGCAGUGCAGUGAAAGUGUGCGAAACAGAAUCACAAAAAUCGCUUAGGAAAAGGAAAACCGAAAAAUGUAAAACCAUUUAAUUGACUUAUGAAAAAUGCGAGCUGGAAAAAAGACGGAGGCUGAGAUAGGAAAGACUCGACCGUGUAUAGUAUACGUAAAAAAUCUGAAGGAAUCCGAAGCCACCGAUAUAAUCAACAACUCAUCAUCAACCACAUCCGGUAAACAGACGAAAGCAUUGCGCAUCUCGACAAGGCGAACUAUUAAGGAAAAAGAUCUGGACCAACUAGUAAUAGAGACACCGCGAGCGACGCGCACUUCCAAACGAGCGACGACCGUUACAAACAUUGAGCUGUCUUCAAUCAAACCUAAAUCAAGUGUAAGUCCUCCACGCACGCGUAACACGAAAGCCGACGAACCAUCUACAGUACCGCGGGCCGCAGCCAAGACUGCGAAACAGCAAAUCAAGGCAGUGGCAACACCAGUGACCAAGCGGCGCAACACAGCGCUAAUAUUACCCGUGGCCCGGCCGUGCACUCCGCUGAGGAAGCGGCGUGACACGUUAAUUCAGACCCAGAUCCAGUCCGAGCCGCAGCCUGAGGAGAUCGUUAGCGAGCCGAAAGCGAAAAUGUACAAGUCAAAGAUGGCCUCCACGGCAGUGGCAACUCCGCCGCCAACUAUUGCGGCAAGUCGAUCGCGCCGCUCGAUCAAACCGAAUCCAAAAUAUGCCAGCGAUGAUAUGGUGACGCCAAAGUAUGUGUCCGCACUGGCUAGCGAGAAUACCGGCAAGCGUUCGGUCAAGCAUCUGUUUACCGACGACGAUGACGAUGAGGACGAGGAUUUGCGCGAUUUGAUCGAGGAGGACAACGACGACGAGCUGAACGACGCGGCAUUCAAUCCGCAGCUGCACAAAUCCGACGAUGAUGAUGACAUCAGUGAACGCGACUUUCAGCAGCAGCUGCGACGAGAGAAGGUGCCGCCGAAACGUGGACGUGGACGUCCACCAAAAUCGGCCAGCGCCGCGGCAGCCGCGAGCAACAACAGUCUGCAGUCCCAGGCGGGACGUGGCGGAGCCACACACUUGCAGCAGCUGCGACGCACUAUGGCACCCAAUCUGGCGCGCUCCCAAGUCAAGGUGAUGGCUUCGCCGACGCCGGGCAACAAGCGAAAGCUCGAAGAUCACAAUGAUGGGCCGAUAGCACGCAAGCGCAUGACCAGCGACUGGCCCAUUAUCAAUGGCAGCACAUCUGCGUCCAAGACGUCGGGUCUCACAGUGUCCAAAUCGAAGGUAGUCGUGAGCAACAGCAGUGGAAACAACAACAACAGCAGUAGUGGCGCCAGCAAUGCCAGCGGUAGCCUACGCAUGCUGCAAUCGGCCAACGCCAAGGCACGGCCGACAUCCACUUACAAAGUGGCCACGUCCACAGGUGGCGGUGUGCGCAAUGCUGGUUCCCCUCAAGUGGUGCGCACAGGCACAGUCAGUCGUCAGUCCGGCUCGAGCAAUGCGCUCAAAGUGCAGAAGGCAUCGGCAGCAUCAGCUGCGAAUGCUGCUGCCAUGAAAGCAGCAGAAGCAGACGAUGUGCCCACGUUCACCAUCGUGAACAUUGAUGACAUUAUUAACCAGGACGAUGUGCUCAUUACCCGCUCCUCUUCCAAUGGUGGCGGCAGCAAGAAAUUGCUCUCUGGCGCGAGGAGCAACAACAAUUCGCGCACAAAUCAAUCCACUUCCUCCCCCAUAACAGCGAUGAGCAGCAGCAGGAAUAGCGGCGGCACGCCAGCCGCCAAUGCGGCAAAUAAGCGUCUCAAGACAACAACAAGUGGAGUGGGAACAGGAACGGGAACUGGAGCGACAGCCAAGCAUCCAUUGACAGUUAAUCAUAAUAAACAGACGUCGCUGGUCGUCUCUGUGGGUCAGGCGAAGCCGCGUCCGCGCAUCCUCAAUGCCGAAAUGGGCAAAAAGACGCAGCCGAUGAUGAAGCCACUGAUGAGCAUGGGCAAGGAGUUGUGUCCGUUGACCGAUGGCGACAACACCGAGGAUGAGGAUAUGGCCAAUGAUCUGGCUGACGACGACAUCUCCAUAUCACCCACUUCAGCAGCAGCAGCUUCUAAUCAGGCACGCCUAAUGCGCCGUGUUCAGACGAAUACCACAAAAUGGUCGACCAAUCGACGACAAGUGCUCUCGGCGACAGCGUCGUCCAACGCCAGCAACAAUCAAAGACAUCAACAGCAGCAGCAGGAUCGCAAGCUGACCAAGCUGCUGGGUGAGGGUAGCGAUGAUGAUGUGUUCAAGAAGCCGGCCAGUCCGUCGACGUCGACAACUGCGGUGCGUCGCUACAAGGAACAUGCAACAGAUGAGGAUACAGCGGUGACGGCAGCCGAACCAGAACCGGAGGCCAAACAGCCCAAAUACUUUCCGCCGGAGACAACCACAUAUUGUGAGGAGGAUGGCAGAAUAGUCAAGAAGAUAACCUGCUAUGAGACCUGGCAUGUGAUCAGCGCGCCCAAAGAGACGUCGAACAAGACACGCCAGCAACGCACCUGCCUCGAAAUGCCGCUGGUCAAGCUGGCCAAUAUGGCGACAAGCAUCAAGGUCCCGUCCACCAGAUGGACAAGCAAGGUGACCCUCUACAAGCUGUCGCCAUCGCUGCAACGCCAGACAAUGACCGUGUUCAAGGGAGAUCUGAAGAGCUACAAUAUACCCGAGGAAGAGCGCCACAAAUAUCAGCCGUCGUGCGUGCUCUUCCGUCGCUCCGUGCUCGAUCGGAGCAAGUGCCGUGUACCGUUCGAUCGUGCCAUCAUAUUCAAGAACAAAUGCUUCUAUGCCAACAUCGACGGCAAGCAUGUGAAUCUGCUGGGUGCACCCGAGGUGGUUAGCUCCUUCAAGGAAGUGGAGAUACUGAUCGAUGUUGUUGACUCGCUGUCGCUGUCCAGCGAUCUUGUCGAGAUGGUCACCUCCAAGUAAUGAGUUGGCCUAGGUAUGUAGGGAUGCGAGAUCACUGAGGAGGAUUCUAAAUACAUACUCCAGUAUGUAUGUGUGCGAAUGGAGAUAUAUGCAUGCAUACACACACACAAAAUUAAACACCCACACAC